CCACAGCGUCUGUUUGUGAAUGACGCAAACAGCGUAAAACAAGAUGGCGCCGUGUUAAGCAUCAAUUGAUGUGAAUGAAUUCAUCGCCGUAGAAGUCUGCCUCCUCUGAGGCUGCGCGGUCGUGUUCCGGACAGAAUCAUCGACGUUAACGGUUGUUGUGGGCCGUGUUCGUGUCCUCCCUCCCGGUCACACCGGGGCGACGAGCCGCCGACAGGAUGGACGGCGGAGACUUCAUCCCCACCAUCGACAACAUGGACUCCACUUUAGCGGAGUUAGGAGACGAGUUCACCCUGGGAGACAUCGACGAGAUGCUCCAGUUCGUCAGUAACCAGGUCGGGGACUUCCCAGACCUGUUUGAGGACCAGAUGGCCUCGGCAGGCUCUGCUCAGAGCGGAGCCUCCACCACCCCCGCCCCCAGACCAACUCCUCAAACCCCACGGACCCCGACCCCUGCUGCGUACCAGAGCUCCAACAGUAGUCUCACCCCCUCCCAGACACUUUCUCCCCAGUCCCUCCCCCUCACCCCUCCCCUCACCCCCGUACAGACCCCCUCCCCCACCGCUGUCUCCUCGGGGCAGCAGGUGACCCGCACCCCUCCGCUCCUCCAGCCGAGGCCUCAGGUGGUGCAGCCCAUCCAGCCUCAGCCCCAACAGACAGCCCAGCCCACCAUCCAGAUGCACACUCAGGGGAUCGCCAUGCAGACGCAGAGCUUCCCGGGCCACACCCUGGUUCAGACCCACAGCCAGACACCGCUGCCCAUCCAGACGCAGGCGGCCCAAACCGUCAUGAUCACCUCCAAUGGCGGGCGCUUCAUCCAGAACCCGGUCAUCUGCCACCAGAGCCCCGCCCCUAGUUUCCAAGUCCUCCAACCACAAAUGCAGAGCAUUAUGACAUCACAGCAGCUCCAACCAAUGACCAUUCAGCACCAGCGUGUUCUGACCUCCAACGGGAUCCAGACUCUCUCUACGGCACCCGCUGCGGUCAUGCAGCAGCAGAUGCAACAAGUACCCGUUCUGGUCCAGCAGCCUCAGAUCCUGAAGACCGACUCGCUGGUUCUCACAACGCUCAAACCCGACGGCACACAGGUGCUGUCGACCAUGCAGAGUCCCGCAGGGAUCGCCACCUUAACCACGCCCAUCCAGAACACGGCGCUACAAGUACCGGUAAAUACGCAAAGAUAUUCAACUUUGAUUGUUGAGAGUUUCUGUGACUUAAAGGGAAAUCUUCUCAGGGGAGCAGACGUGUUUGUGUUUGUGUUUGUGUUUGUGUUUGUGUUUGUGGUUUGUGGUUGUGUUUGUGUUUGU